AUGGCCUCCUGGGAGAGCGCACACUCCUCCCGGGGCUUGCUCGCUUGCACGCCCACCUCGUGUGGUCUCCACAUGCCCUCUGACGCCCGGAGCAGAUGGAGUGCCUCUCUGGCCCAGCCACCUUCCUCGAGGGGGAGCCCCGUUCUGCGGCAGGCUGCCACAGCACCGAAUUGUUCCCUCUGCCCCCAGGACGCCAAUCUGUCCGUGUACAGAGACGACCCGGACCUCACUCCCUGUUUCCAGAACUCCGUGCUGGCCUGGGUCCCCUGCAUCUACCUGGGGGCCGCCCUGCCCUGCUACCUCUUCCAGCUUCGGCACCAUCACCGAGGCUACGUUAUCCUCUCCCACCUCUCCAGGCUCAAGACGGCCUUGGGCGUCCUGCUGUGGUGCAUCUCCUGGGCUGACCUCUUCUAUGCCUUCCAUGGCCUGGUCCACGGCUGGGCCCCCGCCCCCAUCUUCUCUGUCACCCCGUUGCUGGUGGGGGUCACCGUGCGGCUGGCCACUCUGCUGAUCCAGCAGGAGCGGCUGCAGGGGGUACAGUCCCCAGGAGUCCUCAUCAUCUUCUGGUUCCCGUGCGUGGUCUGUGCCAUUGUCCCCUUCCGCUCCAAGAUCCUGUCGGCCGUGGCAAAGGGCAAGACCUCAGACCCCUUCCGCUUCGCCACCUUCUACAUCUACUUCGCCCUGGUGCUUUUCGCUCUCAUCCUGUCCUGCUUCAGGGAGCAGCCGCCAUUUUUCUCCCCGAAGAAUGUCGACCCUAACCCCUCCCCGGAGGUCAGCGCUGGCUUCUUCUCCUGCCUGUCUUUCUGGUGGUUCACAAAGAUGGCCAUCCUUGGCUACCGGCGCCCCCUGGAGGAGCAGGACCUCUGGUCCCUGACCGAGGAGGACCGCUCGCAGGUGGUGGUGGACAGGCUGACAGAGGCUUGGAAGAAGCAGCAGAAGCAGGCAGCGCGACACAAGGCCGCGGUGGCAUCUGGGAAGAGUGUGUCCGGUGAGGAUGUGGUGCUGCUCGGAGGCCGGCCCAGGCCCUGGGAGCCAUCCUUCCCGCGGGCCGUGCUGGCCACCUGUGGUUCCGGCAUCUUCACGACCAUCUGCUUCAAGUUGACCCAGGACCUGCUCUCCUUUGUCAAUCCGCAGCGGCUCAGCAUCCCGAUCAGGUUUCUUUCAAACCCCGUGGCCCCCACCUGGUGGGGUUUCACCGUGGCCGGGCUGAUGUUUGCGUGCUCUGUGAUGCAGACUCUGCUCUCACAACGGUAUCUCUACUGUAUCUAUGUGAUGGUGUUGAGGCUUCGUUCGGCGAUCACAGGUGUCAUCUAUGGGAAGGUCCGCUGGAACAGGGUGCCGGGGGGCCUGGGUGUGGGCUGACUACCAUCUCUUGCUUCCUGCCCAGCUCCACGUUUCUGAUCCAUAGGCCUCUGUCCGUCUGUGGGGGUCUGUGCACAUUCUUUAGGUAUUUGUCUUAUCGAUCCAUCCAUGCCCCCUCAGAACCUGGGUCCUUCCAUCUUGGCUGGGGUGGCUUUAAUCAUCUUGCUGGUCCCACUCAACGGAGCUGUGGCCAUGAAGAUGCGUGCCUUACAGGUAGGCCAAAUGAAGUUCAAGGACUCGCGCACCAAGCUGAUGAGUGAGAUCCUGGGUGGCUUCAAGGUGCUGAAGCUGUAUGCCUGGGAACCCGUUUUCUUGGGGAAGGUGGAGGGCAUCCGGGAGGACGAGCUCCGGAUACUACGCCAGUCUGCCUACCUCUAAGCCAUAUCCACGUUCACCUGGGUCUGCACCCCCUUCCUGGUGACCCUGAUUACCCUUGGGGUCUAUGUGUCCGUGGACCAGAGCAACAUGCUAGAUGCCAAGAAGGCCUUUGUGUCUGUGUCCCUGUUCAAUAUUUUAAAGGCUCCCCGGAACCUGCUGCCCCAGAUAAUCAGCAGCCUGGUCCAGAUCAGUUUGUCUCUGAAACGGAUCCAGCAUUUCCUGAGACAAGAUGAACUUGACCCCCACUGUGUGGAAAGAAAGACCAUCACCCCAGGUGAGAGGUUGGGGAAGGAAAUCCCAAUCCCUACCUCUGACUGGGUUCCUGGACUCCUUGCCCUCAGUCUAGACAUCCAGGUGCCCAAAGGGGCACUGGUGGCUGUGGUGGGGCCUGUGGGCUGUGGGAAGUCCUCCCUGGUGUCUGUCCUGCUGGGAGAGAUGGAGAAACUGGAAGGCACGGUGUGUGUGAAGGGCUCUGUGGCCUACGUGCCCCAGCAGGCAUGGAUCCAGAAUUGCACUCUUCAGGAAGACAUACUCUUUGGCCGAGCCCUGGACCCCAAGCGGUACCAACAGGCUCUGGAAGCCUGUGCCUUGCUAGCUGACCUGGAGAUGCUGCCUGCCGGGGACCAGACGGAGAUUGGAGAGAAGGGCAUUCACCUGUCUGGGGGCCAGCGACAGCGGGUGAGUCUGGCCCGAGCUGUUUACAGGGAAGCUGACCUUUUUAUGUUGGAUGACCCACUGUCAGCUGUGGACUCCCAUGUGGCCAAGCAUCUCUUUGACCAAGUCAUAGGGCCCGAAGGCGUGCUGGCAGGCAACACACGGGUGCUGGUGACACACAGCAUCAACUUCCUGCCCCAGAUGGACUUCAUCAUAGUGCUGGCUGACGGGCAGGUGUCUGAGGCGGGCCCCUACCCAGCCCUGCUGCAGCACAGCGGCUCCUUUGCCAACUUCCUCUGCAACUACGCACCUGACAAGCCCGAGAAGAACCUGAAGGAAGGCAGCAGGACCGCCUUGGAGGACACAGACGAGGAGGAGGUGCUGCUGAUUGAGGACACGCUGAGCAAUCACACAGGCCUGACGGAUAACGAGCCAGUCAUGUAUGAGGUCCAGAGGCAGUUUAUGAGACAGCUGAGUGUCAUGUCCUCGGAAGGCGAGGGCCAGGGCCCGCCUGUGCCCCAGAGGCGCCCAGGUUCAACAGAGAAGGUAAUGCAGGCAGCAGAGGUGAAGGCGAGCGGGGCACUGAUCCAGGAGGAGAAGGCGGAGAUAGGGCAGGUGAAGCUGAGUGUGUUUUGGGAUUACGCCAAGGGCAUGGGGCUCUAUACCAUAGUGGCCAUCUGUCUUCUGUACCUGGGUCAUAGUGCGGCUGCCAUCGGGGUCAGCAUGUGGCUCGGUGCCUGGAGCGAUGAGGCUAUGGUGGAUGGCCGACAGAAUAACACCUCCAUGAGGCUAGGUGUCUGUGCUGCCUUGGGAAUUCUGCAGGGGCUCCUGGUGAUGGUAUCAGCCAUCACGCUGAUGGUGGGGAGUGUCCAGGCUGCACGCUCGCUUCACCGGGUGCUGCUGCACGAGAUGGCUCCACAGUCCUUCUUCCAUACGACGCCCUCAGGCCGGAUCCUCAACCGGUUCUCUAAGGACAUCUACGUCAUCGAUGAGGUUCUGGCCCCCACCAUCCUCAUGCCACUGAAUUCCUUCCACAACUCCAUCUCCGCCUUCGUGGUCACCAUAGCCAGCACGCCGCUCUUCACUGUGGUCACCCUGCCUCUGGCUGUCCUGUACAUCACGUUGCAGCGCUUCUAUGUGGCUACGUCACGGCACCUGAAGAGGCUGGACUCCAUCAGCCGCUCGCCCAUAGACUCCCACUUUUCAGAGACGGUGACUGGCACCAGUGUCAUUCGGGCCUAUGGCCGCAGCCAGGACUUCAAGGCCAUCAGUGAUGCUAAGGUGGACACCAACAUGAGGAGCUCCUACCCCUACGUUGCCUCCAACAGGUGGCUGUGGGUCCACGUGGAGUCCGUGGGGAACUGUGUUGUGUUCUUUGCUGCACUCUCUGCUGUGAUUGGCAGAAACAGCCCGAGUCCGGGGCUGGUGGGCCUUUCUGUGUCUUACGCCCUACAGAUAACAAUUAGUCUGACGUGGAUGAUCCAAAUGAUGUCAGACUUGGAGUCUAACAUCGUGGCCAUGGAGAGAGUCAAGGAGUACUCCAAGAUAGAGACUGAGGCCCCCUGGGUGGUGGAGGGCGGCCGUCCUCCCGCGGGCUGGCCCCUGCGGGGCGAAGUGGAGUUCUGGAACUUCUCUGUGCGCUACCGGCCGGGCCUGGAGCUGGUGCUGAGGAACCUGAGUCUGCGCGUGCACGGUGGCGAGAAGGUGGGGAUCGUGGGCCGCACUGGGGCCGGCAAAUCGUCCAUGACCCUCUGCCUGUUCCGCAUCCUGGAGGCUGCGGAAGGUGAAAUCCGCAUCGACGGCCUCAACGUGGCAGAUAUGGGACUCCACGACCUGCGUCCUCAGCUGACCAUCAUCCCCCAGGACCCCAUCCUGUUCUCCGCAUCCCUACGUAUGAAACUGGACCCCUUUGGGUAUUACUCGGAGGCAGAUCUAUGGCGAGCCUUGGAGCUUUCCCACCUGCACACCUUUGUGGGCUCGCAGCCGGAGGGCCUGGACUUCCAGUGCUCCGAAGGAGGGGAGAAUCUCAGGACAGGGAAAAAGACACAGAAGGAGGAAGCCGGGGUGCCAGAGACAGACCGGGAUUUCACAGUGUUGUUGAGCACUGCUCUACCCCAGACCCCUCAUCAGCCCUGUGGGAUCCAGAUCUCCGUGACUCCGUGUUCCAGGAGGACUGGGCUGAGGCAGAAAUGGGAGAAGUUAGACAGGAAGCCAGUCCUAGGCCUUUGGGAAGGAGUGCAGACAGAAGCAGUUCAGGGAGUCCUGCCUGGGGGCAGGUGGGGGCAGCCAGCUCGAGAUGCCUGCCUUGCCCGUUCCCAGCGCCAGCUCGUGUGCCUGGUCCGAGCCAUGCUCCGCAGGAGCCGCAUCCUGGUUUUAGACGAGGCCACGGCUGCCAUGGACCUGGAGACUGAUGACCUCAUCCGGGCUACCAUCCGCACUCAUUUUGAGAACUGCACGGUACUGACCAUCCCACACCGGCUCGACACCAUCAUAGGCUAUACCAGGGUCCUUGUCCUGGACAGAGGGACAGUAGCUGAAUUUGAUUCUCCAGCCAACCUCAUCGCAGCCAGAGGCAUCUUCUACGGGAUGGCCAGAGACGCUGGACUUGUCUAAAAUAUAUUCCUGGGAUUUGCUCCUGGCCAUUGCUGGUUUUCAUCAGGAGAGAAAAAGACACCAAGCACGUCUGCAGGAUGGACUCGAUGGCAAACACUGGAGGCAUUUGCUAGAUUCUUGCCCUGCAAAGUGCCUCACAGAAUAAUUGUGCUAAAUGCUUUAGAUGAGGAAGUGGGGCCCAAGAGGUGAACUACGGGCCCGAGGCCACAGCUAGUUUGAGGCAGAGCCCAGACUGGUGCCCGGGGUCUCCUGAUUCCCAACCUAGUGUUCUUGCCACGCUGUGCUGUUUUCAGUCAUUUCAUGGAAUGACCUCUCCACUCUGUCUGAUUUUUUUGUAUUUUCUACUCAGAAGGAUUUUUUUUUUUUUUUUUAAGUAAAGCUUUUUCCUCCUGGAACAGCAGACUGCCGGGUCAGGGUGUCCUUAGGAACUGAGUCCUGUACUCUGGGGUGCUGGCCUGAAUCCAUUAAAAAUGGAGCACUGAUGAAAUAAAGCGACAUGGUCAACAAUACGUAUACCCCGAUGCAGCCUUUCUCUGCCUGUUCAUAAGGUUUGGGGGUUAGGGCCUUUGCAGGGGGCAGGGAGGGAGGGAGAGAGGUGGCGGCAGACUUUAUGUACAUCUACAUGGCUGGGAUUAUCUGAAAACUUCAGUCUCCAGAGCUUUUGGCUAGAAAUAUUGUCUUUACAGCCAACAGUCACUGGGUAAUUGCCAAUAGUUCCUGCUCUGCUGUGCAGAUACUGUGCAAAGGCGAGAAAUAAAGCCCCUGAAAUCGGACCCGAGGCCUCUUGGGAAGGCUGCUGUGAACGCCUCCCUCAUGCCAUCCCUCAGACCUCCAAGCCUGCUUCUCUAGGGGCUGGGAUGUGCGUGGUGCCUUUUACUCCCUUGCUCCUUUAGUAGUCUAUGCCAGGGGCGCCUGGGUGGCUCAGUCGGUUAAUUGUCUGACUCUUGAUCUCCACUCAGGCCAUCAUCUCCUGGUUUGUGAGUUCAAGCCCCGCAUCAAGCUUUGUGGCAACGGCGCGGAGCCUGCUUGGGAUUCUGUCUCUCCCUGUCUCCCUGCCCCUCCCCGCUCACUCUCCUCAUCUGCCAAUAAAUAAACUGAAAAAAAAAACAAAACAAAAAAACAAGUCUAUUCCAGACAGGUCCUCGUAACCAGCGAGGCCUCAGGGCCAUUCGUCUUCCUCAAUGUGGCCAAAGCUGCACGUGAGAGCCCAGAACAGCCCGGAGGCGCCCCUGGCCCUGACAGUCUCGGGCCAAUAAGCAAGAUGAGGGGCCGAAUUAAAUUUGGUUUUGAGCAAACCGACAGAGUGCUCAUUUCCGGUGGGUCAGAGUCCACCUGGCACAAGGUGUAUUUGGAAAUUUGGAACGGAUCUCUUCUCUUUGUUACCUUACUGAGUUUUCCGGUGUCUGACCCUCUCGUUUCCUCGACCUUUCUGCUUGGUAUGAUGUGACGGGCUGUAGGGGAUAGUUUGUCUUUCUUCCCUAAAUGGUUUGCAGUAGGUGCGGAGAUGGCUCCUUUGAUCUGGUUUUCCUGUAUGUGUCGGGUCAGCCUGUGCUGCAGGACCAUUUGUUAAAGGUUAAUCACAUUUUUUUUGGCAGCCUGUUUCUGCCCAGGAUGUUUAUGAGUGUAGAGAAGAAGACUUCCAUCCUUGUGAUAAAGCGAGUAUGAAAGCCCAAAUGCCCAAAUUAUUCUGCCUCUCCUUGGUGCUAAGAAAAGGUCUCUGCUAUGCUCCCUGAUUUAUUAGGCCAAUUUGGCAUGACGUCUGCUUUGUGAGGUUCUAGCUGCCCUAACCCAACAGAAACGCAGAUUCAUUCGGCAUCACGCUCAGCUAAAGAUCUGAAGGUGGGAGGCUGUUGAACUUCCUCUCCUGCCUUGGGAGUCUGUUUCUGAGCUCAUGGAGGCCCUGACAGGUGCCGGCAGCCCAAAGGAGAGGCUCGGUUGCAUAAAGUAAAUAGGCUAAUCGAAAAAUGUGGUCACUAGAGGAUGACCUCCAUCUAGCCGGCUCACCUCCUCCGGGGAAAGGAAGCUGGCCGCUGAGAGCCGGGAGGAAAGGCGCUGCACAAAGUGUCUGCGGGUGCCACUGACGGGCACGAGCCCCUUGGUGGCAGCAAGACGGAGGAGCCUCAGCUGGGCAAACGGUCCCUUCGAUUUUUCCCCUAGAGCACCGUGUCCCCGGGACUGUCCAACAACUCGAACCCCCGGUGAUUAGGAGUACAGUGCUGCUUAGGAGGCCCAAAUGAAAGAAUAUGGGCUCGGUUCGUUAAUAUUUUAAUUUUAAUAAUACUGGUUAUGUUUGAACAGUCGGCAAUGCACAAAGAAAACAAUCUUCGGUGAAUGUUUACACACGGUGUGAACACAUGCUUUAAAUAUGCAGUGGAGGGGGGGUGAAUUCACAGUUAACAAAGCUAAAAAAAAAAAAUCCUUGUUAUAAAUUACACAAAGCAUAUAAAAAUAUUUCUCUGAAUGCAUAGAUUAAGACUUUAAACUCACCUACCGGCAACUGUCAGUCUCAUCCAACCGCCUUGGGCGGGAGUCAGGUGACCACAGAGGGCUUUACAAGGGAGAAGGGAGGACAGUGUCGGGCUCAUCCCUCACCUGAGACGCCAAGCCUCUCCCUCGCCCUCGCCAGUUUCUGAACCCGGCGUGGGGGGGGGGGGGGGAAUGCCCUGCAGCCACUCAGUAGGCCACCUCCCGGCCGGGACCUCCACUGCUUCUGAGUCUCUAAUUGAUCUAAAUGGUUAGACGAGUUUUAACCCCAGUGAUUUAGACAUGAAUUAAUACCGGAUUUAUUUCUGCCAGGAUAGAGCUAGCCUUAGUGUUAUCAGUAAACUGUCACUUUUUCCAAAGGGAAGGAAAGAAGGUUAGUAUGUCUCGGUAAACUAGCUUCCGAUUGGUUGAACCACCAGGGCGGUUUCUUCCUUAAAGCACUUCAGGGAAGGGGUAAUAAGCAACUUCCCUGCGGAGUCUGACUCUGCCGUGCGAACACCGUACAAGGGUGAGUGAGUCACCAUUAGGAAUCAGUGGACUAAGGUGGACUCACUGAACGGAGUGAUUCUACAAAGCCGGCCUUGAGGACGGCCUCGACCUCAGCUCAGCACUACGGCAGCAACAGGAGGCCAUUAUCUCGGCCCAACAUUCUCCUCCAUUGACGUCGUCUGCAUGCUCUCGCUCCGUCAGCAAUCAGUCGCAGCGUUCCGAUAAAAUUAACACAGUUAGGAAGUUAAGUUUCUUUGGAAACUAUUUAGGCACUAUGGGGAAAAAGCUUCUUAAGACAGCAGGGAUGCUCUUCGACAGCUGGCUUCGAACCCCUGCCCUCCUGUUCGUCUGAGUGUGCUCGUUCUUAUUUCUAAAGUGAAGCUGUUGGUUUCGACAAGACAGUGGCUCUUUUAACGUUAAUGACACCGAAAGAAAGGAAGGGAACUCUUGAAGGCAUUCCUUACGAAAAUUUCUCGUAGGCCUAGGCCGUGCUCAAGAGUGUAAUCAGGUGUUUUCCAGAACAAAGCCUGGCAGGCUCACAAACCGCCUCGGUGAAGCGGAUGGGUGGGUGGUGGGGGGGGGAGGCCUAAGCGCAAACAAUUUGUUUACAAAAGCAACAGAUUUCGGAGUUGUGUAAAAACCCUAGGAAUUUCAAAAUAACCUUUAUCUCUGAUACAAAAAUAAAGACGCUAACUCCUUUAGCUCAGUUUCCCACAAUCACCUGGAAAACAGCAACAGAUUCGGUUUCAAAAAUUGCUUUUCGUGCCUAGUGGGGAACGCAAGUGGGGAACACGGGCCGGCAAUGUUCGUGCUCUUCUCGGACGGUGCGGUUAAACACGGAGAGGCCAGGAAUCACUUCAGAGGUUUAAAGAAAAGAAAAGAAAA